AUCUCCCCCUGCACCCCGUCUUUCCCCUCUCUCCAUCCUUUCUUUCUCCCACCCUUCUUUGCACCCCUCCUUUCCCUGCCCCCCCCCGUGCCCCCCGGCAGUGGGAGGAGCUGAGUGGGCUGGACGAGGAACGCCAGCACUCGGUGCGCACGUUCGAGGUGUGCGCGGUGGAGGGGCCGGGCCGGGAGGCUUGGCUGCGCAGUGGUUUCGUGCCGCGCCGGGGGGCAGCCCACGUCUACGCCGAGCUGCGCUACACGGUGGUGGAGUGUUUCUCCCUCCCGCGCCCGGCCCGGGCCUGCAAGGAGACCUUCAAUGUCUUCUUCUACGAGGCCGAGCGGGACCUGGCCACGGCCACCGACCCGCCCUGGCUGGAGAACCCCUGGGUCAAAGUGGACACGGUGGCGGCCGAGCACCUGACCCGCAAACGCCCGGGGGCCGAGGCCACAGGGAAAGUGAAUGUCAAGACCCUGCGGCUGGGGCCGCUCACCAAAGCCGGCUUCUACGUGGCCUUCCAGGACCAGGGCGCCUGCAUGGCCCUGCUGGGCGUCCGGCUCUACUUCCAGAAGUGCCCGGGGGCCGUGGCCCGCCUGGCCGCCUUCCCGGAGACGGUGCCCCGGGAGCUGGUGACGCCCGUGGCCGGCGCCUGCGUGGCCGGGGCCGAGCCAGAGGGGCCCGGGCCCCUCAGCAUGUACUGUCGGGAGGACGGGCGCUGGGCCGAGCACGCGCCCGCCGGCUGCGUCUGCCUGGCCGGGCACGAGGCCGCCGAGGGGAACACGCAGUGCCGAGGUGAGGUGCCCGGACACCAGGGUUCUGCGGGGAAUGGGGAGCGGAUGCGGGGCUCCGAGGUGGCCUGGAUGCCUGGGUUCCCAGGAUGGGGAGUUGGAUGCCUGGGUUCUGGGGGGGGCGGCCCGGAUGCCUGGGUUCCCGGGAUGGGGAGUUGGAUGCCUGGGUUCUGAGCUGGCCCGGAUGCC